UUCCGGAACAAUGGCGGCGCCCAGGCGGGUGCGGAAGUGGCUGGAGCGGGGCCGGCGCUCCUCGUCGUCGUCUCCCCUGGGCUGCCGACCGGGCCAUGCGGGCCCUCCUCCUCCUUCCCCCGCGGCCACAGCGGCAGCAUGGCCGAGCCGGAGCCGCUGCGAGGCAAGAGCCUGCCGGAGCUGCGCGAGAUCCUGAGGCGGCAGGAGAGGCUGCUGAGCGACCGCAAAUUUAUAUCGAGGCUUCCGGAUAAAGGUAAAAAGAUCUCUGCUUCGGUAGAGAAACUGAAGGUGGCAAUAACAGAAAAGGAGGAGGAAAGAAGGAGAACAGAGCUUCUGUCCACAGCUAGACUCACGUUCCAGAAAAGACAAGAGGAGCUGGACUCCAGCCAGUGCAGAAUUGCUGCCAGCGAGGACAGCUCAGCCCGCGAAGAUUCACCUCAGACUCCUGCCUCUCAUGUGAACGAGGAGCUUGGGUCAGCUGUGCAAAAGCAGCCAAAGAUUUGGGCCACAAAGGCAAAGGAACCAGCACAGCAGGUCUGUGGGGACGCCGAUACUCAUCAAGGGAAGGGGAGUGUCUCCAAGGCAUUGGCCCCCUCGGGCAAAAGCAGCGACUCUCUGGUGGAAGCCUUGGAGAAGAUUUCCCUCAGGAAGAGGGAGGACCAAAAUGCCUCCAGGAAACAGCCAGACGCUGAAUGCAGAGAGAACCCUUCUCAGGGUCUUCCCCAACAGACUCCCAAAAUGCCACACUGCAUUGCAGUGCUGGAAAGGAGAGCGAGGAGCCCUGUGAGGAAAAGGAAUGCCUUCAGGCCCAACAGAAUCCUAGCUGAGGUGAGUGGUUCAUCCUGCAGCUCCUCUGAAGCCCCUUCCCCCGGAGGUGGCCAUUCGCCCAUUUCUGCCGAAGAAAGACUCCGGAGGGAGAAGCAGCACCUGGAUGACAUCACAGCCGCCCGGCUGCCCAUCCUGCACCACGCCCCUGCGCAGCUCCUCCCCCUCGAGGAAUCGAUAGCCCUUCAGGUCCAGCAGAAAGCAGCUUACGAGGAAAUGCAAGCCAGAUUUGCUGCCCAGAAGCUGGCCCAGAAGCUUAGCAUUAAAAUGGUCGCCUACGAGCCAGAGGGGGAAGCAGGCGUCAGUUACCGAGAGGCAAAGGAUGAGGAUGGCUACAGCUCGGCUGAAGACUGAGUCCAAACCCAGAUCUGUGGCUCUCUGCAGCUUCUGUACCCGCCACGCUGGGCCUUGGCCUUGCAGGCAGCUGAGGGCUCAGGCAGAGCACAGCGGAAGUCUGCAGGUCCCCUUUGCUGGGACUUGGAGGCCAUGGAAGAGGCCCUUCUCAGCCAGCCAGGCUGUGGCACGGUGUCCCAUCUGCAAAGGCAACUGUGGACUAGUGACGGACACCUGCCAACAGAGGUGUGGAGUUCACUGCUGUACCUUUUUUUCUACACCCCGGGUCUUGAAGGCGCAUUUCUCUAUUUUUCUAUUGUAUUCCAUGUGUGGUCCUUGGAAUAAACACUCGCCUUGCCCAGAA